CGCCCAAAUUGUUGGCCGCUGUCGCCGCUCUUUCUACCUCCUCCUCCUCCUCCCCCUCCUCCUCUUCCACCUCCUCUUGGGCUAGCUCAAGAGUAGGACUUUAAAGCACAAGAGGGCGAGGAGGAGGGAGGCGGUGGUGGCGGCGGCCAUCGAGGGGGGGAUAGGAUGGAGACAAUUCCACCGGAGAUGGGAGAUAUUCAGCUGGAGAUUCCAACUUACCAAGGGAUGUACUACCCCGUGCAAAGCAUGUAUAACGCUUACGUCUGCGAUGUCAAAAGACCCAUUAAGAUCUACUCUGAUGGCAUAUGGUUCAAUGACAAUGCUCUCUACUACGCCCUUCCCGUCCUCCUGCUCCAGCUUACUCUCAUCACCUUCGUCUCCCGUGUCCUCUACUUCUUCCUUCGCCCCCUCAAGCAGCCCCGCAUCGUCUCCGAUGUCCUCGCGGGAGUACUUUUAGGACCUCUUGGGUUGUCACGCAACCAAGACCUCAUGGCACGGUUGUUCCCCUACAAGUCCAUCUCUGUGCUGCGUGUCUUGGCCUACCACGGCAUCAUAUUCAAGCUCUUCUCCAUGACUGUCAAGACGGACCCGGCCAUCAUAAUGCGGUCGGGGAAGAAGGCCGUGAUGCUAGGCCUAGUCAGCCUCCUUGUGCCCUUCGGCAUCAUGGUCGGCCUCGGCUACUUCCUGAUCUACACGGGCGACCUCCACCCCGACGUCGCCCCCGACCCCUCCAUCAUCAUCAUGGCCCUCCUCAUCAGCUCCAGCUCCUUCCUUGUCGUCUCCGAGAUCCUCGAGGAGAUCGGCCUCGUCAACACCGAGCUUGGCCGCCUCGCCAUGUCGUCGUCCUUGAUCAACAACGCCGCUGGCUUGUUCGCCAUCACCCUCUACAGCUCCAUCAACAGGGAGAAGCCGCUGCAAUCCAUCAAGUCCCUGGGCUUGUUGGCUGCCAUCAUCCUCUUCGCCCUCUUCAUCUUCCGCCCAUCGAUGCGGUGGGUCGUGCAGCGGACCCCAAAGAGCGGGUCGAUCCGCGGAGGCACCAUGGUGGUCAUCAUGAUCGUCGUCUCCAUCGCCGGAAUCAUCAGCGACAUCAGUGGCGCCGCCUUCUUCUUCGGUCCCCUUCUUCUGGGGCUCGCCGUCCCCGACGGUCCACCGCUCGGGGCCGCCCUCGUCGAGCAGAUAGACACCGUGGUGACGGAGGUGCUGAUGCCCCUGGUCUACCUAAGUUGUGGCUUGGUCGUCGAAUUCUCGGAGGUCAACGACGGGACUACUCAACUCCCCGUCGUUCGAUCGACCCUGUGGACGGUUGUCAUCUUAGCGAUCGGCAUCCUCGCUAAGCUCACGGUUACCAUUAUUCCAGCCAUCUACCACAAGAUAUCCUUCCGCAAUGCCUUGAUGUUAACCUUCAUGUUGAACUUUAGAGGCAUGGUGGAGAUCGUCUAUCUACUCUACUACCGGCUAGAUUUACCAAAUAUGGGCGUGUACUCCGUGCUGUUGUUGGUGUCGAUCGGAGUAACGGCGAUCAUCGUGCCGCUGGUGAAGACGUACUACGAUCCCCUGGAAGUGAAUUACACGGUGGGGCAGCGGACGAUCCAGCACCUGAAGCCCCACAUGGAGCUGCGGGUGGUGGCUUGCGUGCAGGACGAGAGCCCCGUGCCGACCCUCGUCAGCUUGCUGGAGGCGUCGUGCGCGGAGCGGGGGAACCCGCUCUGCGUGUACGUGCUGCAUCUGGUGGAGCAGGUGGGUCGGGCGUCGUCCAGCUUCAUCGCACACAAGAACAAGAAGGGCUUCAUCAACCCGACUCACAUGGAUCGCCUCCUCAACGCCUUCGUCAACUUCGAGCAGUCCAAGAAGGGGCAAGUGCCCAUGCAGCCUUUCACUGCCAUUGCCCCCUACAAGACCAUGCACCAGGACAUCUGCUCCCUCGCCAUGGGGAAGAAUGCUGCCUUCAUCAUCGUGCCCUUCAUGAGAGAUGCCGGAGAGAAUGGCGAGGCUGACCGAGCCUAUCGAACCAUCAUCCCCAAUGUCCUUUCCCAGGCUUCCUGCACGGUGGGCAUCCUGAUUCUUAAAGGCGAGACGGUGCUCCCGAACCCGACCAACUCCCAGCUGCACAUCGGCGUCCUCUUCUGGGGAGGCCCCGACGACCGCGAGGCGCUCUCGUACGCCGCCUGCCUGGCCCGCCACCCGAGCGUCCACCUCACCGUCACCCGCUUCGAGGCGGCAAUGGACGAGAACACCGACGCCAGGGAGCUGGCGUGGGACGACGAGGUGGUCGAAGAGCUCAAGCACGAGCAGGCCCACAACGAGAACGUGGUGAUCCAGGAGGUGGUCAUCAAGGACAUGGAGAAGACUAUUGCCCGGAUCAAGUCCAUCGACAACCAGUACGACCUCAUCAUCGUCGGCCGCAGCCAGAGCUCCACCUGCCUCUUGGACCAGGGGCUGGCGGAGUGGAGUGAGUUCCCGGAGCUGGGACUGGUCGGGGACAUGCUCUGCUCCUCCGACUUUGACGGCUCCUUCUCUAUCCUCGUCGUGCACCAGCAUCGGAAUGCUUGAAACCAAGGGCGUACGUUCACUGACUGGUUUCGAUUUGAAGGAAAACGAAGGGAUUGAAGACCUCCGUGAACAGUCCAGCUGAGUGUCAGUACACUUCACUUUGAUGGGGGUAGUUUUGAUAGUCAUGCAUGCACAUCAUCUUGGAGAUGUGUCUCAUCGUAUGAUCCAUCUAUAAUGCACAGAGAAGGAAAUUAUAGUCGAUCGUGUCUUCCAUGUGUAAUAUUCCUCGUAUAUAUUCUUGAUACACAUGAUCAUGAUCUACGAUGGUCUCCAUUAAUUUCUUUCUUUGAGUUCAUGCUAAUUAAUGCUUGUUAGAUACA